CUUAGGAAAGUAGCAUGUAAGGAAUAAAACGUGAAUGUAAAUACAGCAGUUGAUGGUCACCAUAAACUUUGACGUUAAUUUGAAAACUAAAAGAAGUGGUUAACUGGCUAAUCAGCCACUAUAACAAUGGUAAAGGAACAGUUUCAAGAAACGGACAUCGCCAAGAAAAUAAGCCAUGUCACUUUUGGAUUUAUGAGUUCAGAGGAUAUGCAGCAGGCAUCACAUUUACAUGUCGUCAGCAAGAAUCUGUACAGCCAGGAUGGAAGUCGUAAACCAGUUCCAUUUGGGGUGCUUGAUCAUAAGAUGGGAACAAGUGAAAAGGGCAAUAACUGUGAGACCUGUGGAAAUGAGCUAGUUGACUGCAUUGGACAUUUUGGCUACAUCGAUUUGGAGUUACCUGUUUUUCAUAUUGGCUUUUUUAGAGCCACCAUUACAGUAUUGCAAAUGAUCUGCAAGACAUGCAGCACCAUUCUUUUGGAAGAUGAUGUCAAAGCCAGUUUUCUUGAGAGUCUCAAGAGACCUAACCUUGGUUAUUUGCAGCUAAAGGGGUUGCGAAAAAAGAUAUAUGAUAAAUGCCGCAAACUAUCUGUCUGCCCAAAGUGUGGAGAGUACAAUGGAAUGGUAAAGAAGUGUGGAAUGCUGAAGAUUGUUCACGACAAAUACAAACCUCGACGUGGUGCAGAUUGUGUGUUAAAAGAGUUUGUGGAAACCUUUGAAAAUGCCAAAAGAAAUAAUAAGGAACUGGAAGCUCUGAUUCCUAAAACUCAGGAGGUUUUAAAUCCAGUUAUUGUACAGAAACUGUUUCAACAGAUUGCAGAGGCUGAUAUUCCUUUGUUGUUGAUGAACUCAUCCAUGAGCAGGCCUGAAGAUCUGAUACUCACAAGGAUUUUUGUUCCUCCAAUCUGUAUUCGCCCUUCAGUUGUUUCUGACCUCAAGUCUGGAACAAAUGAAGAUGAUGUGACAAUGAAGCUGACAGAGAUCAUUUUCUUGAAUGAUGUCAUACAGAAACACAGAGCAUCAGGAGCCAAAAUGCAAAUGAUCAUGGAGGACUGGGAUUUUCUGCAGCUUCAAGUAGCGUUACUUUACAACAGUGAAACAUCAGGCAUCCCUCUCCACAUGCAGCCAAAAAAACCAAUGAGAGGCUUUGUCCAAAGACUGAAAGGAAAGCAAGGACGCUUUCGUGGCAACCUUUCAGGAAAGCGUGUUGAUUAUUCAGCCAGAUCAGUGAUUUCCCCAGACCCCAACAUGCGUAUUGAUGAAGUUGCUGUGCCAGAACAUGUUGCCAAAAUUCUGACAUACAGAGAAAGAGUGACAAAGGCUAAUUUGCAGAUGAUGAAACAGCUGGUUGUGAAUGGCAGUGUCCAUCCUGGUGCAAUUGUUGUUGAACAUCCUGAAAUGAAGGAUGGUCAGGUAACAUAUCAUAAAAGGAAUUUGUACUUUAUUAAUCGGCAAAAUGUAGCCAACUCCCUGAAGAUUGGUGAUAUAGUAGAGCGGCAUUUGCUUGAUGGAGAUGUUGUCCUCUUCAAUCGGCAGCCUUCCUUGCACAAGCUCAGCAUUCAAGCUUUUUAUGCUAGGGUGAUGCCAAACAGAACAUUUCGAUUUAAUGAAUGUUGCUGCACCCCCUUCAAUGCAGACUUUGAUGGUGAUGAAAUGAACCUGCAUCUGCCUCAAACAGAAGAAGCAAAAGCAGAAGCUUUAAUUCUUAUGGGAUCAAAAUCUAAUAUGAUUACACCACGGAAUGGAGAGCCACUGAUAGCAGCUAUUCAGGACUUUCUCACAGGAGCUUACCUUAUUACACAAAAAGAUGUCUUCUUUGAGAGGGCUCGAGCUUGUCAGAUUGCAUCUUCCAUUCUAGCUGGUAAAGAUACCAAGCUGAAAAUUGAAUUGCCUCCACCUGCCAUCUGGAAGCCAUGCAAACUGUGGACGGGAAAGCAGCUUUUCAGCCUUAUUCUUAGACCCAACAAACAGUCUCCUGUCAAGGUUAAUUUGAGAACCAAAGGGAAGAGAUAUACACGAAAUGAAGACCUUUGCAGCAAUGAUUCAUUUGUUGCCAUUCGGAACAGUGAGCUGUUGUGUGGAACCAUGGACAAAGCAACUCUGGGAUCAGGAUCCAAAGAAAACAUCUUUUAUAUCAUCUUGCGUGACUUUGGGCGAGAACAUGCUGCUGAUGCUUUGUCUCGACUAGCUCGAAUCUGCCCAGCAUAUCUCUCCAAUCGUGGAUUUUCAAUUGGCAUUGGGGAUGUCACACCAGGUGAAGGUCUCAUCAAAGCUAAGAAUAAGCUGCUGGCAAAUGGUUAUGCCAAAUGUGAUGAGUACAUUCGAAACAUGGAAGAGGGGAAGUUACAGACACAGGCAGGGUCAACAGAGGAAGAAACGCUUGAGGCUGUGAUUUUGAAGGAAUUGUCUGUCAUCCGAGAACAUGCUGGCAAAUCUUGCCUGCAAGAAUUGCACAAGACCAACAGCCCUCUCAUCAUGGCCGUCUGUGGUUCUAAAGGUUCCUUCAUUAACAUCUCCCAAAUGAUAGCUUGUGUGGGACAGCAAGCCAUAAGUGGCAAGAGAGUGCCAAAUGGCUUUGAAGAUCGUGCUCUUCCACAUUUUGAAAGAUUUGCAAAACAUCCAGCAGCAAGAGGAUUUGUAGAAAACAGCUUUUAUUCUGGUUUAACACCCACUGAAUUCUUCUUCCACACGAUGGCUGGACGAGAGGGGUUGGUAGACACGGCAGUAAAAACAGCAGAGACAGGAUACAUGCAGCGCCGACUGGUCAAGUCACUUGAGGACCUGUGUGUGCAAUAUGACAUGACUGUGCGGUCUUCCACUGGAGAGGUAGUACAAUUCAGAUAUGGAGGAGAUAGUUUAGAUCCUGCUGCCAUGGAAGGCAAUGACAAGCCCUUAGAUUUUCAGCAUCAGCUGCUGCACAUUUUGGCUGUGACUAACAGUGAAGUACGAAAUGAAGACUCUUUAUCUGAUACCCAGCUGAGUGCAUUAGUGGAAGAUGUGCUGAUGAAAGAAGAAUGGACAAGAGCAGAAGAAAGUUUUGAUGACUUUAAGAAAGAAGUCAAGAGUUUUAUGGACACUUUGGCUCAGAGAAUAACCACUUCGAGGACAAAGUUUCUAAAGCAUGGAGAAGUGCAAAAUAUGAGAGCAUUGAACCAACUGGAACGCAUCACCAACACUCAAGUCCUUCGAUUUAUGGAAGUCUGUCUCCAUAAAUACCUGAAAGCAAACAUUGAGCCAGGCACUGUUGUUGGUGCCAUUACUGCACAAUCCAUUGGAGAGCCAGGCACUCAGAUGACACUGAAGACUUUCCAUUUUGCUGGUGUUGCUGCAAUGAACAUUACACUUGGUGUGCCACGCAUCAAGGAAAUCAUUAAUGCAUCUAAGAAUAUCAGUACACCUAUUAUUACCGCACCCCUUCUAAUUGACAAUGACCCAGAUGAAGCACGUAUGGUCAAAGGAAGAAUAGAAAAGACCACACUUGGAGAGGUGACCGAGUAUUUCGAAGAAGUUUAUCUACCUGAUAACUGUUUUAUUCUUGUAAAACUGAACCUGGAUCGCAUUCGUCUUCUGCGGCUGGAAGUGAAUGUGGACACAAUAACUACAUCAAUUGUUGCAUCUAAACUUGGAGUCAAGUUGUCUGACAUCAGUAUUGCUGGGCCUGAUAUUCUGACUGUGUCUGGAACAGAGACUAGCAAGAGCAGCAUGUACUAUGUUCUGCAACAUCUAAAAAAGAACCUUGCAAAUGUUGUCAUCAAGGGUAUUCUUGUGACACGGGCAUUGAUCAGUAUGGACGAAGAGAAGAAAAAUACGUACAAGCUUUUUGUUGAGGGAGACAACCUGCUUGGUGUUAUGAGUACUCGUGGGGUGGAUGGAACUAAAGCCACGUCCAAUAACACCUAUGAUGUUUUUCGUACUCUGGGUAUUGAAGCAGCACGAGCAACCAUCAUGAAAGAAAUCAAUUACACAAUGACCAGUCAUGGCAUGAGCAUUGACAUUCGCCAUACUAUGCUCCUAGCAGAUCUCAUGACUUUCAAAGGAGAGGUCUUAGGCAUCACAAGAUUUGGAUUGGAAAUGAAGGAAAGUGUCCUUAUGCUGGCAUCUUUUGAAAAGACUGCAGAUCAUCUGUUCGAGGCUGCCUAUUAUGGACAGCGAGAUGCAAUUAAUGGAGUCAGUGAAUGCAUCAUCAUGGGCAUUCCCAUGAACUUGGGGACUGGAAUCUUCAAGCUGUUGUACAAAGCAGAGAGACCAGCAACAGGCUUCAAGCGUUCACUUCUGUUGAAAGUCCAGACUUUCACAUUCCUGGGACCCAAACCCAGUCAUGAAGUUGUGCCAUUUGUUAACUUUUGUUAUUGACAAAUAACAGUGUAUUCUUGAAAAAAAAUGACAGCUGUAACUUGCACAUUACUUCAAAGAUGAAGGAGACAUUGCAGAACAGCUGACAAAACUGCACAAGAAUCAUUUCAGAAAAAGACUGAAUUCAAAACCAUCUAUGCAGAAUGUCUCUGCCAGCACAUCUCACUGUUCUGAAUCUGUUUAACAUGCCUGUCUUAUUUAUGAUCUUGACAGAAUUAAAAAUUUUGUGUAGAAUUACGAUUGUUUACUGAGACAUUAAAGGGCUUUCAUUCAUACUGUUGAUAAAACUCUAAGAUAAACUUGUAUCAAGUUCA